CCCACCCCUCGCCCCUCGCCUGUUGCAGAUUGACUGAUUGACUGCUGAUUCUCUGAUUGAUUGAGGCGGUGGUUUGCGCUAUGAAGGUGACGGCGAGCCUCAUUGUGCGGUUUUCCCUCUUCCUCAUCGUCUACUGCGCCCAGCCUCUCGUUCUCGACAUGCUCAAGUUCCAAGGCGCAGCCAGUGUGAGUGAGCAGGGGCAUAUGCACAGGCUGCAGAUCUGAAGGCUCCCCAUGUGCAUGUGUCUGUGUCUGUGUGUGUUGAUUUGUGUUGUGCAGCCCUCCACCUUCUUGUAUCUGUUGCCGCAUUACUUGGCUAUGGUGCCGGUGGGAUUCUUCCCGACAGAGAAGAAAUUCAGGUCAGCGCGAGUAUGGGACUCCGAGGCAGUUAGGCAGACAGGGAGGCAGAAAUGGCACAUCGUGGAUCUGCCGCUGUUGCUGUGGCUGUUGUGUAUGAAUGUGUGUGUGGUUCCAGUGAGUGCAAUUGGUGGAAGGCGGCUGUCGUCAGUUUUCUCGAUGUGCUCCACCAGCUCGCCGAGAAAGGUGCAGAAGAAUGAUUACUAGACAGAUUGACACACUGCAUAGCAUAGCGUACUUGCCUGUGUGUGUGUGUCUGUGUAUGUGUGCAUGUCUGUGCCAGCUGGUUUGGUGUACGCCGGUUCAGCCGUGUACAUAGUCAUCGGCAGCAGCUCCAUCGUCUGGACGGCCGUCCUCUCGGUGCUCAUACUCAAAAGGUCUUACACAACCGCACAGGUACCUACCUAUUUACACACACACCCACGCAGGCCAGUGCAACAGAGCCCUACUUGUGAGUGAGACCCACUAUGUUCUUUGUGUGUGUCUGUGUACUGCGUGUCGUCUCAGUGGUGCGGCAUCCUGUUAAUCUGUGUGGGUUUGUGCAGCCGUGCGCUGACGCUCAAUUUCAGCAUCGAGGAUGAGGAGUUCUUCGGAGUGCUGCUCGUCCUGCCGUCAGCCAUACUGGUGGGUGAGCGGUGAAAGGAUGGGUGUGGACAGGACAUGGCGUGUCUGUCUGGUGUGGUGUGGUCUGAUGAAUGGCUGGCUGUAUGUAUGGCUGUAUGUAUGUGUGGUUAGCAUGCGUUGUCGUUUGUGGUGUAUGAGAAGUACCUCCAUGGAGCUGACGCGAUUCCGGGGACCAAACUGACCGGACUCAUGGGGUAAGCGCCAGCUGGGUAAUGGGGCGGGCAGCUGCAUGGUAUCCAACGGUCGAGCUGUCUCUCUCUGUAUGUAUGUGUGUGUGUCAUGGGUCUUAGGAUAAUGUGUGCGGCGGUGCUGUUGGUGUGGACAGGGGUGUGGACGGUCCCGCGGUUCGACACCCUCGUCAUCGCAAACAUCAAAGACAAAGGCGGAAGCAUAUCGGUCAGUCAGUCAGGGAUACAUCCACAGCACAUUGAGCUUACUUACUGUCUGUGUGUGUGUGUGUGUGUGUGUAGGUGAUAGUGUUGGGUUUCAUCUUGUUGUAUUUUGUGUGCUUCAUCCGAGCGAGUGUGCUGUGGUGGAUCAUCAAGUCACUCGGGGCAGUCUCGGCCGGCAUUCUAAAGGCAAGCAAGAACAACACCACCACCCCACACACGGCUGUCUGUCUGUCUGUCUGUCCGUAUGUCUGUCUGUGUGCAGGGCAUCCGCACGGCCACCGUGUUCAUUAUGGGACACGUGUUGUUUUGUCACCUGCAGCCAUCGCAGUGCCUCACGCCGCCCAAGGCACUCGCUGCAUCCAUCGUACGCUCUUCUUGAUGCGAUGCCAACCAAUCUUUCGGCACACCCACAUGGAUGUGUGUGUGUGUGUGUGUCAGUGUGUGCUGGGCGUCAUAGUCUAUUCUGUGUCGACCAUCAGCGAGAAACAGAGGGAAGAUGAGCAUAAGCCGAGCAGCAAAGACGCAAUCAAGGUGAGAGCCCACGAACACGCACACUCCAUCACACACAGACUCCGCCACCUGUUCCAUCCCUCCCUCUCUGUGUGUGUGUGUGUGAAGGAACGUCUGAUCGAGUCAGCUGAGGCGGGCCGGACACUGCCCGCCCCAUCGGACAACAACAGCACCCCGUCGGCCAAGAAGUGGAAAGCCACACCCUUGGGCGGCUCAUUCGCCAACCUCUGAUAUAUGACCUGGGGGGGCUGGGGAGGGGAGGGGAGGGGAGGGGGAAGUAGCUGCGCUGCGCUGCGCUGCGUGUGUGAGUGUUUGUUGGUGUAGAUAUUGACACAGCCGGCCGGCCACGCACUCGCUUAAUUGUGUGUAGAGAGAGGAGACAGACAGACAGACAGACGCCUGAGAGAUGGAUGGGAGCGUAUUGGUUUCGGUCAGCCAAGGCAGCAGCAACUGGGAGGGCGUUUUAAUGCCUCUGACUGAUUAGUGAGUGACCGAUCGGAUCGAUCGCAGUGCACAGACAUUCUCAGUGGUGACUGACGUUCGUUGUCCAUUCAAUGGUGACUGACUGACAGGCAGACAGGCACACGUCCAAACGUCCAACCAAACAAGAGAAUUCGCGACAUCCAUCCAUCCAUCCAUCCAUCGGCCCAUAGCCAUAUAGUCCACACACACGCACACUGUCUCAGUGUGUGUGUAUGCAUGCAGUCAGUGAAU